GUGCAUGUGCCAGCCUACUUUCCAGUGCUCCGUGUGUAGUGUGUGUAGGUAAUAAUCAGUGCCGUGAAAUGCAUGGGUCAAGAAGCGAAGAAUUACUGGUGGGACGUGUAAUGAGAUUCAACCGUCGGAAAGCUGGUCGAAGUCGGAUUUCAGCACAAGAGGUGACCAGUGGCUAUAUGAUUUAUUCAUUUUAACUGAGGUUAGCGUGUAAUUAACUGGGCAAGAAUGAUUCAAUUAAACCCAUGGGUUCGCUCUAAAGGCCACCAAAAAGUGACAAUCGGGUUGGUUUUGUUUGUGCGCCUUAUGUUUUCUUCGAGUUCAGUGUGUUCGCUGUGACUUAAGGAUGUUGGCCAGAAAUUGCCGAUAUUCCAAAGCCGUUCAAAUCCAAUACGAACGUUCCUCUAGAAGCCUAUGAGCCUAGUUUACUUGGUCUCGCACGCAAGAAGCUGAGAAUUCCAAACGGAAGUGUUCCUUGUGCCUUCUGGAACGCUCUUGGAAUACCAAAAAUCGCAUUGGAUCCGUGCUUGACGCUAUGGAAGUGCAACAGACAGUGUUUGGUGAUUGAUGGUGCUAAAUCUCGAGAAACUUGGAUACACACUCUCGUUGUGUGGGCUUCACUAGAGACAACGACACUCAUACGAUUCUACAAUACAGUGUGCUCGUUCCAAAAAUGUCCAUAGCUUUUAGAAACAUGUCUUGAGGAAUCCUUUUUUCAUUCUAAUGCGAUCUCUGACAGAAAAGUGUUUUGUGAUGCAAAUGCUGCUCGAGCUAAAAGACCUACUUAGAGAGGCAUUUAAAUUUCGACUUUGGGACUUAAAGGUCAUAUCGACGCAUGGUCCAUCUUUCAAGAUUGGAAGGACCACUGAAGGACAACGUCCAGGGCGACUUUUUCGCUCUCAUCUUCUUCCUGUCCCACCAAAACAACACGAAGCCGAUUUCAGCGAGCCAUGUACUUCAAGUUGUCGGCUCGAGAAUUCGAGAUACUGGAAGAGAAGGAAGCCAUCAUCUCAAGACUUGUUUUAAACCAGCAACAUCCGCCAGUCCAUGGAUCCAAUAAAAAGCCAUUGAAGCCACCAAUUUUGGUCGUAACCCAAGAUGGAAGUCAUAUGACGGCCGUGAUCCAAAGAGACAACUCUUACGACAUCCUGGAUGAGGAUACAAAUUCUGACAGAGGCUCUUCUUCCCCGACACCGGCUCUGAGUAAAAAAGCUCGAUUCAUUCAGCUCUUCCGCGGAUUCGCGGAUUACGUUCGGAAACGGGUGUCCGCGGUGCGUCCACCCACGCAUGACCGCAACCUCAAUCGACACCGACGUCGAUUGGCCGAUGGUCUGGCCUUGAGUGUCAAUGGAACCAUGAUAAGCACCAGUUGCGCCCUCACUAAUGGGAUUGACACAGCCACCAGUUGGAUGUUCUUCAAUCAUCCUUUCGUGAAGGAGCUCGAGGAGACGGUAUCUUUGAAAUGCGAUGUCCGCGUCUUAUCUGGGUAUGAACAGAUAUUCAACCUCGUGGAGGCUCUCAUGCAAGCUCAAGGAGAAGAUUAACAACCAUAUACAAAGGCUGACUGGCAACGGCAUAGGAAGCAAAAGUGCACACCAAAAUUCAUUCAGGCGACUUGUUGACAAUUAAAUAUUAAAAUAAAACCAAUAACCUCUCAGUGAAAGCAAACAGCCUUCUCGUUAAAUGGAGUCGAGUUGUCUUAAGGCCAAAUCCCUAGGCAGAGCAAUGGAAGCAAAAAGAAACUUUUGAUUAUGACGAGCUCGACAAGGCCAUUUCGCCAAAGAGCAAAUCAACACGCAAUAAAAAUGUCUGAACUGACAUCAGUAAGGAUCGGGCAGUGUUGAACAAUUCAGCAAACAACGAGGAAGAAGACGACGUGAGCUGGCCAACGACCAAAAGAGGAGCCUCCAUUCCUAAUACCAAUAUUCGAGGCUAAAAGUCGAAAACAAUCACCAGCCUUCUACCACUCACCUCGCUCCGUCCCCUGGGACGUGGGGAAGUUGCUUCACCAAUGUUGUCAUCAAUCUUCCAACAUGGGGAUAUAAACAAACAACCUUGGAUACAAAAGGUGUCGGUAAAAGUAAUGUCAUUGUCCACCGUCG